GGAGAGCACACAGCUCCGGAGAUACAGGUUUUGAACUGCAGUCACCGGCGUAUUAUGUCACAAUCUGACAGUGCUUCGAGACGGGCUGACGAGGAGGACAAAGGAGGAUGAAGGAGGGAGAGGGACCGGGAGAGGCAGAGGAGGAAUAUAAUGAAGUUGAGUGGGAAAGGACUGUGUACCAUCGUCUCCAGCGCCCUCCUCUUCGUCUGCGCGGUGAGCGAAGUUGUUGUCGGAUUCAAAUGCAUCUCACUGGGCACCAAAGUAAAAGUGCAUUUUCACCUGUCGACCGCGGCCGGGGCUUUCUACUCGGGGAUACUGGUCGGACUCGGGCAGGCGCUGCUGGGCUUUGCGCUGCUUUGUUGCAAAGGGACGCCCGGGUGUCGGAAUUUCUUUCUCCUGGGUAUCCUGGUGUUUUUGUUGGGAGUUCUCACCGCCUUCUCCGGAGCCGUGGUGGACGGGGACACGGUGUCUCUGGUGGAGCGCAAAUAUUCCCAUUAUUGCCUAGACAUAGACUCAGUGGAAUUAACCGCCAUCUGCAACCAACUGAAGGAAUAUCAGAGAAGUCUAGUCAUCUCAACCAUUCUUAGCACUUUGGAAUGCCUUCUCGGGCUUAUGAACUUGGUGAUCAUCAAAAGGUACAAAACAGCGCAGUUUUACAGACGGAGGCAAUCACAGAGGCAAAGCGUUGGGACUAUUAUUUUCAGUGAGGAGCAGGACUUUACCGUGUCCGAAUUCCAACCGGUUUCCUACAUUAACUUGGGGGUAUUUCAAGUGUUCGACGAAGCAGGUGUUGAAGUACAAUGCGGGGGCCACCCGUCUAUCGAUCUCCCGGGUUACUCACCCACGGAUCCCGAGCUCAACCAUUCCUAUCCCUUUUCUUACCCGCUCCCGAACGAGUUACCGCCCGCGUACGAAGACAUUUUCCCUGGAGACGAAAGUAACAAAUAGCAGCUCACUCUGAACAAACAAAAAAGUUGGAACAUGGGCUCUAAAUUCUGCAGUGACAAUCACUGGCUUUCUCCCUUCGGUCUAUUCAGUGCUGGGACAAACAAUCAUGGAGAGAUUCUUACCUAAACAGUUUUUUCCAUUACCUUCAUGCUUAUUUUUCUCAGCAAAUGUAGCCUCCUGGUCCACUUUAUGUGCAUCUACCAUUAUGUUGCCAAUUAACUAGCCGAUUGCCAUCCAUCGAUAUAGUCGAAAUUCCAUGGUAAUAAAUACCAGACCCAUAGACCAUAAGAUGCUACCAUACCAGUCCAAAUUUCAAAGCAGCAGUUGUUUUGAGUUCAGAUUGGAUACACAUCAAAUGCCCAUAUAGUUUGCUGUUGUUAUUGUUUUCUUUAACAUAUGAAUAAAAGUGUAUUUA